ACAUCCCUGAGACCAGGCCUAAAUAUAGCCAACUAUUAAUAGAAUAUCCUAACAGACUGGGCCUCACAUGUUCUCUGCCCUGACGACACUACACAACUCUGAAGUGGCUGGGAGGAAGUGUUCCGCACUGUUUGGCUGUGUUCUACACUACCUGUAAACAGCAUGGGGGACUUCCAGCAGUUUGAGCAGGACUUCUACCAGACAGGAUAUUUCAUAGAUGACCAGGGUCAGGCUGUGGCCUACUACGAGACCUAUAAUUCUUCAAGUCCUGCAUAUUACGAUGAUGGAUCACAGGCUUUCAUGCCAGAUACUCUGGAUCCUUCCAUGGAGCAACAGUCCACUGGACACUUCUACCAACCUGCAAUGCCUUCUGGGACUGUAGGAAGCACGGGCACAGAUUCUUACGAAGAGGAACCUCCCCUUCUUGAGGAACUUGGCAUUAAUUUUGACCACAUCUGGCAGAAGGCAUUGACAGUGUUGAACCCUUUUAAGACUGCAGAUGGCAGCAUCAUGAAUGAGACUGAUCUGACAGGUCCCGUCGUCUUCUGCAUUGCACUGGGGGGGACUUUAAUGAUGGCAGGUAAAGCUCACUUUGGUUAUGUGUAUGGGACCAGUGCUACAGCCUGCAUUGGGAUGUACAUUCUGCUGAGUCUGAUGAGUUCCCUGGCAGUGUCUUUCGGCUGUGUGGCCAGUGUCCUGGGCUACUGCCUUCUGCCCAUGGUGGCCCUCUCUGCACUCGCUGUGUUCUACUCUUUACAAGGCAUCCUGGGUACAGUUCUGGCCUUGGUAGGGAUUUGUUGGUGUAGUUUCUCCGCCUCCAAGAUCUUCAUCUCCACCCUGGCUAUGGAGGGCCAGCAGCUGCUGGUGGCGUACCCCUGCGCUCUGUCCUAUGGGCUCUUUGCACUGCUCACUGUAUUUUAGCUAUCACCAGAUUGAACCUAGAAGGAAAUCUUUAUAAUUCAAAAUGUUUUUUCACUUCCUUUUCAGAGUUAAAGGGUAGUUCUGUUUUUACCCCUUUCUAUUUGUCUGUUUAGGUAACGCUUUCACUUUGUUUAUAAGGUCCAGUGUGUAACAUUAAGGAGGAUCUAUUGGCAGAAAUGGAAUAUAAUAUAUAUAUAAUAUAUAAUACUCAUAGGUAAGUUUUCAUCAGUAUGUAAUCACUACAUAGCGAGUGGAUCCUCUGUAGUCCAUCAUUUGAACCACCCUGUUCUACAAUAGCCCAGAAUGGACAAACCAAACACUGGAGACAGAGAGGGCCUUUCACAUUUUUUUGUGACCUAGUUUCUCUUUUCUUCCCUUGAGUCUUUGAUCCCAAUCUGCAGUCUCACCACUAGAUGCCACUGAAUCCUACAUGCUGGUCCAACUAGGGGUCGCCGAAGCUUCACGGGGGGUUGAGAGUACUUUUAAGGGGUAUAAGAAAACAUACAAAUAUACACAUUUGGCCAAUUUAUUUUGUUAAUUUCUGUGAAGAAAACUUUUGAUUGUUGUUAAAGAUCUAAACUUUAAAGACCUGAACACAAAAUUCACAGAGCCUUCACACUCUAAACAGUCCUUGCAUUAGAAAAGUAUGCAGUUAAAAGAACCAAUACUGAGUAAUAAUUUACUCAGUGAUCUGUAGCAGAGCAAGCAGGGUGCAGAUAGUGUGACUGCCCCGGGCUGACCCAAUCUGCCUGACUGAGCAUGCAUCGUUGUUGUUUAACUGAAUAUUUUGAAUGAGAUUUGUUUGUGUGUCUUGAUUGUGGCAAUAAAAAAAAAAAAAAAAAAAAAAC